AUGUAUACCUCCACCGUAGGGACCGGUGGGUGGGUGGCGAUGCUGCAGUAUACGUGCCUAUUGCGCAACUAUCAGUACUUCUGCAAAGGGGAUCGACUUGCUCUCAAGAACACCAUGCUGGCGUAUAGCAUACAGUACAUCGUAGAUCUGGCGGUGAUGUGCAAGAUUCCAUACUUGGCUGUCAUGGUGCGGUCUCUAGCCAACCCGGGAAGUAGAGUGUGUACCAUAUUCAGAGAUCCUUCAGGCGAAAUCCCGGGAGAGUUACACCGAAAAGUCUUGCAGCGGUAUCAUGAUUUGAGGGUUGGCGAUGUCAUGGUGCUUAAAAAUGUGUCGGUAUUGUACCCGAACCCGACGGAGUGCUUCUUGAAUAUCACACUGAACAAUAUAGAUCGAGUGUUCUCGCACAAGGGAGAAGACCUCACUGCUACGACAGAAAAUCACGAACAGACUGGCACAGAAAGGCAACGGGCAUCUCGAUUGGAAAGCAAUAGCAGAGGCACUCAUCGCAAUAAAUAAUAAAUGUGGCCUGGAAAAUCAUCCUAAGUAUCACGAUUAGUAAAGAAUAAAUGACACUCC